CUGGAACACCUGCCUCCCUACAAUCAAGCUUUCCAUUGCCCUCUUCUACCAACGCAUAUUCCCCGUCCGAUCCAUGGUCAUUGCCUGUCGCUCUAUCAUCGUCUUUCUAUUCGCUUGGUACCUCGCUUUCCAGACCACAGCCAUCUUCCAAUGCACACCGAUCCACCACGCGUGGCAAAAGAAAACCACGCAGGGAAGAUGUGUCGAAUUCGUUCCCUUUGUGAUAACGUUGGCCGCAACGAACUUGUGUACGGAUUUACUUCUCCUUGCCCUGCCCACCCGCGAAAUUUGGAAGCUUCAGGUCGCGCAAGGGAAGAAAAUCGGAUUGUCGGUCAUUUUCACUCUGGGUGUUAUGUCUGCCCCCCCCACUCUACAGCAAAGUCGUCCCUGUUGUUCUCCUUGGUAUCCGAUACUAAUGAAUGCCUUUGUCGACCAGCGUCUGUAUUAUCUCGGUUGUACGGCUCGAGAAUCUCAUUGCAAUCAGCAACGCGGACAUCACGUGUGAGACAAAUUCACCUCUUCCCUAUUCAUUUUCGGGUGUCUACCUGCCGCAUUGAAAACAGCAAAUUCUAAUUCCUGAAAUUUUAGGGUCUGAUACAUAUUCCCAUCUGUGGACGGCGAUCGAAAGCAGC